AUGUAUUUCUCCAGCUCUAACGUCUUGUUCGCUUCCCUAGUAUCUUUGAUCGCCGUCAACAGCGUCACGGCGACGACCUUCUCAACUAAUACCAAGAUCGACGCCCUGACCGAACAGCAGGUGCUCGCAAUCGCUCCUAACUCUGCGGAUUGCACCAAAGCUUCAUUCCCUGAUGAAUGCACAAACGCCACUGUUGCAACGGAGCAACUUAACAAAGCCUUCAAGGCAUACAAAGUUUGGUCGCUGGGCCCAAAGGCGGCGCUAGCAUCGCUCAUCGCAUUUGAGUCUGGCGACUUUGUCUACAAUAUCAAUCAUUUCCCUGGAAGGCCUGGACAAGGAACCAAGGCGAUGUUGAUGUUCAAAUGGGUCUACAAAUUUGCUCUCUGGUGCGGGUUUGAGGAUGAAAUGUCCACUAUCGUUGGGAAGCCUGCUGGAGACGUCACCGAAGCCGAGACCGCUACUUUCAGCAAUGACACCAUGAAGGCCGUCCGUGCGCUUGUUCUUCCCGUCAACUUCACGUUCAAAGCUGCACCAUGGUAUUUGGUCAAGCAGUGCAAACGUGAGCAUUAUACAGGACUCAUCACCGAUGGUUACGAGGGUUUCAAGAACUACAUCGAGCUGUGCAUCGAGGCAGGCGAUAUCACCGAGGACAGGACCGCAAAGUGGUGCACAGCGAUCUCGGCCUUGAAGCCAGCUGAUAUGGACAUGCCAACCCAGUGCACCGCAACAUCUAGCACCACAGCUGCUGCUUCUGUGGUCGCAUCUCCUACGGCUACUGCUUCUCCCUCAGGCUAUUAA